GCGCCUUUCCCGGGCAAAGCCCCUGAACGUGGUUAGGCUUCGGCCAUGCAGACUCUGAAUCAGCGCCGCCGAGAAAAUGCAUUGUCGCGUUUCUUCAGUUCCGCCCCGCAACCUGUAUUCCGACAUGUCGGCCAGUGAGAGCGGAGCGCUGUGGUAGAGGUUGUUUAUGUGGAGUGCUGGGUUAGGGUUCCGCCCACCGAGGUAUCUCUGAUCGCAGGGCAGACAGGCAGAGAGUGUAAAAUGGCGCACAGCUGUCGGUGGCGGUUCCCCGCUCGGCCCGGAGGGAGCUGCAACUCCGGUACCGGGAGGAGAGCGGGCCGAAUAAGGGUGACUGCCUCUCUGCGGAGUGUCUCGGGAGCCCACCCCAUCGCAGCUGGGCUCGGACCCGGCUUUGAUGCUGCACUACAGGUCUCGUCGGUUAUCGGGAGCAACCUGCAGAAAUUUCGGGAUGUUUUGGGGGAAUCGAGUGACUCGAGCAGCGAGGAGGAAGAAGCGUUUGGAGGAUUUGGACCGGUGGCCGAGCAAAAAAGUAUACAGAGCCCUUCAACGACGCCUUUAGCAUGUCUACCCAUACAGGAGAAGAAGCCGCGAGGCCGCCCCCCGCGGGCCCCGACCGCCCAGAAAGCCGCCGCUUGUCUACCUUGCCCCUCCCCCCUCCCCUCCCCGACGACACAGGCGAAAGCCGAGGGCCCCGACGGGCCGGCGGAGAAGGCGAAGCGGCUGCCCGGGAGGCCGCCCGGCACCGGGGAGAAGAGGAGAGGUCGACCCCCGUCCUCAAACGGCAAGAAGGCGUGGAGUAACCACCACGCGGCGGGGGAGGACGGCAGGCGGACCGGGUCCGAGUCGGGCGUGGAAACGGAAGAGGACAAAAAGGGCGCCCGACCGCAUGACACGGAGGCGGAGCUUCCCAAAGGCGGGCGGGGCGAAUCCAAAGUCGGCAACCUGAAGAGGCUGCGGGCGACGAAGCUCGCUCCUCUCAAGUCGCGGCUCAAGACUCUGCCUGGCGUGCCGAGGCGCAGACGCGGGCGACCGCCCUCAGCCGAGCGCCUCAAAGCCGAGGCGGCCGCCGCCGCCGCCGCGGCGCAGCUGUCCGCCGCCAUCGAAUGCGCGGAAGGGAAACACAAAGCCUUCAGGGCGAGAGGCGCGGAGCCGCACGCUCCCCCUCAGCGGCCCGCGGCGAGGGGCGCGGACGCCACCGAGUACCACGCGUCCUCCGACGCGCCCGCCUCCCCGCCGCCCUCCAAGCCAGGCCGGCCGGCGGGCCUCAGGAAAAGCCCCCGCCACAGGAAGCCCGUCCGCAUCGUGCCCUCCACCAAGCGCACCGACGCCACCGUCGCCAAGCAGCUGCUGCAGCGCGCCAAGAAAGGGGCGCAGAAGCGGCUGGAGAAGGAAGCCGUGGCCAUCGGGGGGGCGGCGGCGGCGGCGGACCACGGGAUCAGGAAGACGCAGCUGAAGAACAUCCGGCAGUUCAUCAUGCCGGUGGUCAGCACCGUCUCCCUCCGCAUCAUCAAAACGCCCAAGCGCUUCAUCGAAGACGAGGGCAACUUCGGACCCCCGCCGCCCCACAUGAAGAUCGCGCGGUUAGAGCCCGCCCCCUCGUCCAUCUCGACGUCCGCCCAGCCCGCCUCCUCCGCCUCCUCUUCCCCCUCUCCUGCACUGGUCUCCUCUUCGCCCGCUGCGACCGGCGCCGCCGUUCAGAUGGACUCCCUCCCCCCCCCUCCGCCGCCUCCUGCCCCUCUUCUCCCCACGGCUCCGUCAACAGCUGCCAGUCUGCACAACAACCACAACAACAACACCAACAACAACAACAGCAGCGCCGCCGCCAACGGCAACGGGCGCUUCAGCAGCAGCGCGGCGUCCUGCGGCUCGAGCGCCGUGUCGCAGCAUUCCUCGCAGCUCUCCUCCGCCGAGUCGUCCAGGUCCAGCAGCCCCAGCCUGGACGACUCGUCGUGCGACUCGCAGGCGUCGGAGGCCACGCACGCCGCGUCGGAGCCCGAGGAUUGCUCGCCGCCCUCGCGGGGCGAGAGGGAGGCCGGCUCGCCGCGGCCGCCCUCCCCUCCCUCCGAGCCGGAGCGAGCGGCGGCGGAGAGGAGCCGGCGGGGGCGGCGAGGGCACGGGGUCGCCCGGGGCAACCAGGGCCAGAGGGCGAGAGAACCGCUCGCCCCCGCCGGGGCCAAAAAGCCCAUCAUCAGCCCGCAGACGGGCGUCCUCAUGUCCUCCUCUGCGCUCGUGAACUCCCAGCACGCUUCGUCCGCGGCCUCCUCCUCUUCGUCGCCGCCGCCUCCCACCCUGCUCACGCCGCCGCAGCCUCCCCAGUCGGCGUCCUCCAACGCGGCCGCGAUCGGCGACCACCACUCGCAGUCGCCGUGGAUGACUCACCCCGCCCCCCCGUUCCUGUCCGGGCCGCCGGCGCUGUCCGGCUUGUCGGACAAGCGGAGCCGCUCGAUCCUGAGGGAGCCCACCUUCCGCUGGACCUCCCUGUCCCACCCCGAGCAGCAGUACUUCUCCUCCGCCAAGUACGCCAAGGAGGGCCUCAUCCGCAAGCCCAUAUUUGACAACUUCCGUCCUCCCCCUCUCACGGCCGAAGACGUGGGGCUUUCGCCCCACGGCGCCGGCGGAGCGGGGGGAGCCGCGCCGCUGGCGUUCCCGGCGCCGGGCGGCGGGGCGGGAGCGGGCGCCCGUCUGUUCGCCCCGCACCACCGGCACGCCCACCACCACCACCAGCAGCAGCAGCAUCCCUCGGCGUCCCGCUUCGACGCGCCGCCGCCGCGCCACCCGAAGCGCAGCCCGCUGCUCCGCGCGCCGCGCUUCACGCCCAGCGAGGCCCACUCACGGAUAUUCGAGUCGGUCACGUUGCACUCGUCUUCUGGCAGCAGCCCCGCCGGCUCGCUCUCCCCGCACCAGACGUCGUCCGGCUCCGGCCGAAGCUCGCGGCGCAGGAGGCGACCGGUCUCGGGGAUCCUCCGCGGCCAUCCGCGGUCCCCUUCCCACUCGAUGACCAGACGCAGCAGCCAGAUGGGGGGCCCCGUGUCGAUGGGCAAAGGCCCCUCUGAGAUGUCCGUGCUGACGGGCUCCGUCCCCUGCGGUAAUCCCGGCUCUUUGCCGGGGGCUUCUGCAAGUCCACUAGCCACUAGUGCCUUAACUCCUCCUUUCAGCACCUUCUCCACGAUCUCCAUGGGUCUGGCCCCGCAAGGGACGCCCGACAGCAGGAGAGCGGCGGCCGGGAACCCGGCGCCGUCGUCGACCGCGUCGUCCGCUCCUUCCCCACUGUUUCCACUCUUUCCUUCCAGCGCCCAGGACACGGGGCGAGGAGCCGGGAAAGGGGGUAAAGAAAAAACCUUGUUGGCACCCCAGGAACCGGCUCAAAAGGAAAAAGAAAGGGAUUGCGAGAAGAACCGCGAGAAAGAGAAGGAAAACAAGAGGGACGGGAGGAAGGAUUCGGAAAAAAGAAGUAAGGCGUCGACGCCGGACGACUCGCCCGACGCGCCUCCCGGCCCGUUUGCCGCGGACGGGAGGGACUCCGAAGACGCUCUCCUUCUGUCCGUUGCUCCCAAAAAGGCGCCGGGGAGAAAAAAAUCCACGUCGGUCGAAGCCGUUUCCGACGCCGCUUCCUCGGAGGCGCGCGGGCCCCAUUCCGCCGCCGCUCCCUCGUCCGGCGCCAAAGGACGUCCAUCGAAGAAAAACAGGCCCUCGGAGAAAGGGGCCGAGACGGAGGACGGGGAGAAGGAGAAGGAGAAGCAAAGUGCGCCCAGCCAGCCGACCGCGAGCCUCCCAGGGCAGCAGCAGCAGCAGCAGCCGCCGCCGCCGCCGGGCAGACAACAGCUCCCCGUCUCCUCGCUCGGUUCAAUGUUGGCGCAGGCGGAGAAGCAGCCGGCGACCGACAAGCGGGUCGUCGGACUGCUGAAGAAGGCCAAGGCGCAGCUCUUUGAGAUAAAGAAGAGCAAACUAAAGCCCGCGGAGCCGCCGAAGGGCCAGGGUCAAGAGAGCGACUCGUCGGAGGCCUCGGUCCGCGGUCCGCGCAUCAAGCAUGUCUGUCGUCGUGCAGCCGUGGCUCUCGGCCGCAAUCGGGCCGUGUUCCCUGACGACAUGCCCACACUUAGUGCCUUGCCCUGGGAGGAGAGAGAGAAGAUCCUAUCUUCCAUGGGGAAUGAUGAUAAGUCAUCAGUAGCAGGCUCCGAGGAGGCGGAGCCUCAGUCGCCUCCCUCAAAGCCACGGGAGACGCGGCAAAAGGCCGCUCAAGAAGCUCCUCCCAAGAAGGGGCGUCGGUCGCGACGCUGCGGCCAAUGCCCGGGCUGCCAGAUUCCGGAAGAUUGCGGCGCCUGCACCAACUGUCUGGACAAGCCUAAAUUUGGAGGAAGAAACAUUAAAAAGCAAUGCUGCAAGAUGAGGAAGUGCCAGAACUUGCAGUGGAUGCCCUCGAAGAUGUUCCUCCAGAAGCAAAGCAAAUGCAAGAAGGACAAGAGAAAGAACAAGUCGUCCGACAGGAAGGAGGGUUUCAUUCCGGUUAAAGGUCCGGCCUCGGAGUCGGGCUCCAAACCCACCGCCGCGCCACAAAAGGAGGAGCCUGCCCGCAAAAAGAGCGAAACUCCUCCCCUGAAGCUGGGAGAGGAGAAGUCGAAGCAAUCUUCUCCGGCCCUCGCAUCGUCCCCCGCCUCGGUGGAACCCCUGCAGGCGCCCGGCACAGCCGCCGCCGCUCAGUCUCCGGCUCACACGCCGGACGCCAAACCGCUCUUUUCGGUCGCGGGCGGCGCCGGCAAGAAGGCGCACAAACCGCCGCACUCUGCCGCGCCGACCUCUUCCUCGUCGUCCUCGUCGUCGUCCUCUUCCACUUCCUCGUCUUCUUCGUCCUCGUCAUCUUCCUCUCCGUCGUCCUCGGCCCAGAAUUCGCCCUCGCAGUCGACGCAAUCUCACCAGCCGUCGCAUCAGCAUCAGCAUCAGCAUCGGCCUCUCACCGGUCCGGCGCCUUCGAAAAAAGACGCUUCGCCCAAGAUCUCCCUGAGCGAGCCCAAGAAGAAGCCCCUGCAGCACUCGUCACAGCAGCAGAGCUCAACCACCACUGUUUCAGAUAUAGUUGAAUCAAAACCGUUGAAGAAGCCAACGUCUCGCUCUAUUCCUCCCUCUCCGAAACAGAGACCAAAAGACAAAAAGCCGCUGACCACUCAGCCCCCUGGCAGCAGUACUUUAAACUGGCUAAGCACUCCCUCGACUAGGGGCCAGGCGAAGUCCAGAGCGCCCUGCGACGGAGUGCAUCGUAUCCGAGUGGAUAUCAAGAGGGACCUCGACGUGGAGAAGGUGUGGGAGGCGGGCGGCCUCAGCCUGCUCACCUCUGUGCCCGUCACGCCCCGGGUGCUCUGCUUCCUGUGCGCCAGCAGCGGAAAUGUUGAGUUUGUCUUCUGCCAGGUGUGCUGUGAGCCCUUCCAUCUCUUCUGCCUGGGGGAGUCGGAGCGCCCCCUCCAGGAGCAGUUUGAGAACUGGUGUUGUCGACGAUGCCGGUUCUGUCAGGCGUGUGGCCGCCAGCACCAGAAAACUAAACAGCAGCUGCUCGAGUGCGAUAAGUGCCGUAACAGCUAUCACCCGGAGUGCCUGGGUCCCAACCACCCGACGAGACCCACCAAGAAGAAGAGAGUCUGGGUGUGCACCAAAUGUGUGCGUUGUAAGAGCUGCGGAGCCACGAAACCCGGGAAGUCCUGGGACGCCCAGUGGUCCCACGACUUCUCCAUGUGUCACGACUGUGCCAAACUCUUUGCUAAAGGAAACUUCUGCCCACUGUGCGACAAGUGCUACGACGACGACGACUACGACAGCAAGAUGAUGGAGUGUGUCCGCUGCAACCAUUGGGUCCAUGCCAAGUGUGAGAAUCUGACAGAUGAAAUGUACGAGCUGCUAUCGAAGCUGCCGGAGAGCGUCGUCUACACCUGCACCAAAUGCACCGAGCGCCACCCGGCCGAGUGGAGGACGGCGCUGGAGAGAGAGCUUCAGGGAUGCGUCCGCCACGUCCUCACCGCGCUGCUCAACUCACGCACGUCCUCACACCUGCUCCGCUACAAGCAGGCGGUGAAGCCUCCGGAGCUGAACCCAGAGACGGAGGAAAGUCUUCCAUCCCGUCGCUCUCCGGAGGGCCCGGAUCCUCCUGUCCUGACGGAGGUUCCCUCCGUGGCUCCCACCGACUCUCCUCCAGAUCUCGAGUCCGUGGACAAAAAGAUGGAUCGCGGUCGCUACAGCUCAGUGCUGGAGUUCAGUGAUGACAUCACGCGAAUCAUUCAGACGGCCAUCAACAGCGACGGUGGCCAGCCCGAAAGCAGGAAAGCCAACAGCAUGGUCAAGUCUUUCUUUAUUCGGCAAAUGGACCGAAUCUUCCCCUGGUUCAAAGUGAAAGAGUCCCGGCUUUGGGAGAGGCAAAAAGUCUCCGCCAACAGUGGGCUUCUCCCGAAUGCCGUGCUGCCUCCGUCUCUGGACCACAACUACGCCCAGUGGCAGGAGAGGCAGGAGCUCUCCCGCGCCGAGCUCCCCCACCUCAUGAAGAAGAUCAUCCCAGCUCCUCGGCCCAAGACCCCCGGCGAACCGGAUUCUCCAACCUCCCCUCUUCCUCUUCCUCCAUCUCUACCCCCGCCGCCCCCACUCCUUCCCGACCGCGACGACAGCCCGGAGCUCCCUCCUCCGCCGGGCAUCGGCGACAACCGGCAAUGUGUCCUGUGUCUGAAGUACGGAGACGAGAACACCAACGAGGGCGGCAGGCUGCUGUACAUCGGGCAGAACGAGUGGACCCAUGUGAACUGCGCCCUGUGGUCCGCUGAAGUGUUUGAGGACGACGACGGCUCUCUGAAGAAUGUUCACAUGGCUGUUCUCAGGGGGAAACAGCUGCGCUGCGAGAAGUGUCAAAAGCCCGGCGCCACGGUUGGCUGCUGCCUCACGUCCUGCACCAGCAACUAUCACUUCAUGUGCGCACGCCAGUGCCACUGCGUCUUCCUGGAGGACAAGAAAGUCUAUUGUCCAAAGCACAGGGACCUCAUCAAGGGAGAAGUGGUGUCUGGGUUCGAGGUGACUCGCAGGAUCCUCGUGGACCUGGAGGGCCUCCGUCUCAGGAGGAAGUGGCUGGCAGGACUGGAGCCUGAAAACGUCCACAUGAUGAUAGGCUCCAUGACCAUCGAAUGUUUGGGGAUACUGGCUGAACUCUCAGACUGCAAGCGCAAACUGUUCCCUGUAGGAUACCAGUGUUCGAGGGUGUACUGGAGUACCUCGGAUGCUCGAAAGCGCUGCGUGUACACCUGUAAGAUCCUGGUGUGUCACCCUCCCGUGGUAGAGUCCGACCUGAAGAACAUGAUGGCUCUGGAGGAGAAUCGCACGAUAGCACACAGCCCACCUUCCAUAGCAGAGUUUCCAGAUCCGUUUGAAUCCCCGAGGCGCUCCGACUCCCUUUCACCUGCAAAUACACCCAAGCUCAGGGUUUACACCCGGAACCGACACCCCAGCUACCCUCCUUGUCAGCGCUUACUCGGCCCCAGGCCCAUGCCCUCUCCAGGAGGUACCUCUCAGCCCCAAAGCCACGAGAUUGUGACGGUAGGGGACUCCCUGGUGAACCCCGGCAUGCGGAAUAUCGACUCGCGCCGCCACAGCUCCCCCUCUCUCUCUCCUCCCCCCCACCACCAGCUGAACAGACUGAGAGUGUUCACUUCCCCGCCUCAGGUGGUGUCACGACCUCUGACCUCACCCCCUCCCCUCAUCCCCUCCCCUGCCCGAGACCCCGAAAAGUCCAAGCACAUCGGCAAAGAGUCGGCGAAAUGUCCAGUCCAGAGAGAUGACGAAAAGGGUCGUCUGUUCUCCGGCGACAGAAAUAGACAUCAACCCAACAAAGAUCAAGGGUUGAGAGAUGCAGACAAGGGCAGGGUGUCGAGUCAGGACCAGGCUUCCAAGGAUUCCGACAAGAACAGAUUGUCCAGAGAACAAAAAGAGUCCGACAAGGGUGAACUAUCAGCCAAAGAGCCGGAGAAGAGGAGACCGUUGAGUAAAGACUCGGCCCUGAAAGAAUCCGAGAGGAGACGACCGCCCAGUCGAGAUUCAGAAAAGGGGAGACCGCUAAACAAAGACUCUGAGAAGGGGAGACAGACGAGCAGAGAGUCAAGCAACAGUGUGAAAGAUAAAAGCAAAUCAUCCGCGAGAAACCCCAACAUUGAAAAAGCUCGGUCUCUAAGUAGAGAUGCGGGGCCGAGGGACUCCGAGAAGCAGAGACCACACGGCAGGGAAGCUGGAAAAGACCCGGGCCAAGGGAAAGAAAGACCGUCGAGCCGAGACUCUGACAAGAGUCGACCCCCCUCGAGAGAUUCCAGAUGUCGAAGCGCGGAGAAAAACAAAGACUCUGGCUCGGGGAAAGAUAACGGCGCCGGCGUCCAGUCCAAACAGACCGGCGGCGAGAGUAAGAGCCCCAGACUGGCGCCCGCGGGCUCGGGCCAGCCCUCCCCUCCCGUGGGCGCCAAGCAGGCCGACAAGCACGGGAAGCACGGCGGCAAAGACCAGGACGUUUCUUCCAGCGCGUUGCCCCGUCACCGGGCCGCCCCGACCUCCAACCUCACCCAGGUGAAGGACAAGCCCGGCUCGGGGAAGGAGAGUAGCGGCGGCGCUGGGAAUGCGACGCCAGCUUCGCCCCAUAAGGACUCUGCGGUCGGGAAGUGUGGCUCCCCGCAGCCGUCGUUUCAGAAAUCCACUUUACGGAAAUUGAAUGAUCACUCAUCGGGUCCGGCCGCGGCCGCGGCGGCGGCGGCGGCGAAGCCCGCGUGGCCGUCGAGGACACCGGCGGAAGAUGACGUCGUCAAGCGAGGCUCCGGCUCCGGCUCCGCCGCCAAAGAGAAACACCCCAGAGUCAAGACGGCGGGCGGCAGAGAGUCGUCCAAAGACCGGGAACGAGAGAAGACUCCCCAAAGCAGCAACAACAGAAUCCCCCUCCUCCUCAACAACAACAACAACGCGAAAGCGGCCGGCGGCGCCAACGCCCACGCCGCCAACCCCGGCGCUCACAACAGCGCCAACAGCAAAGCUCCGGCGCUCGGUAACAACGCCAAAGCCCACGGGAAAGCUCCGGGGGAGAAGCCCGAGACCCAGGGGGGGGACAGGUCGCUCUCGAAGAGCAGAGAGAAUCACGCCGGUCCUGAGAGGAAGAACAGCUCCGGCGUGGACCAGCUGCAGCCGGGAGGCGGAGCCCCGGAGAAAGGCGCGAAGGUCGCCUCCCAGUCGCACGCCAAAGCAGCGGCCAAUCAGCUGCCGUCGUCCACCAGAGAGAAGAAGAGGCCGGUGAAACCCCCGACCGUCGCUCCGCUGAAGCCUGACGUGAAGACGGACCCCAACGGGACCGGCGCCGUCGGCGGUAUUUCUUCUUCCUGUCCCGUGAGCUCCGCCCUCUCUCCUGCCGGCCAGGGGACCCGGCGCUCCGCCGCCCUCUUCUCCUCGCCGUCCGCCAGCAGCAGCGACAGCUCCGAAUCCGACACUCGGACUCCGAUGGAGGAGGAGGAGGAGGAGGACAUGCGCAAGGAGCGCUCGCUCGGCGAGCUGCGGGACCGCCGCGGCGGCCUCCUCGAGGACGAGGGCGGCGACGGCCCGGAGGACGGCAACAAGCACCGCGAGGACGACAGCGACGGGUCGGGCUCGGCGAAGCGGCGCUACCCGCGGCGCAGCGCGCGCGCCCGCUCCAACAUGUUCUUCGGCCUCACGCCUUUCUACGGCGUCCGCUCGUACGGCGAGGAGGACCUCCCGUUCUACGGCAGCGGCGACGGAGCCGGCGCCAAGGCGAAGAGGAGGCGAGGCGGCGGCGGCGGGCGCAAGAAGUCGGCCGAGGGGCAGGUGGACGGAGCGGACGACAUGAGCACCUCGUCGUCGUCGGGGGACAGCGGAGAGGACGACGACAGCGCCAUGAAGCAGCGGAGCGGCGACCCCUUCUACUACAACUUCACCCGGACCAUCAUCAACCCCGGGGAGGCGCUGCCGUCCAUCGAGGGGAUCGACCGCUGUCUGGGGCGGGGCUCCCAGCUGCAGCGCUUCCUCAAAGACGAGGAGCAGCAGCAGCAAAGGGUGCAAGGAAAGGCCGAAGAGGACAUGUUGAGCGCUCUGACUUUGGGAAAGCAGCGCAUCGGCCAGCUCGACGGCGUCGACGACGGAUCGGAGAGCGACACCAGCGUCUGCACCAGCAGCACCGCCGCCGCUGCCGCCGCUGCCGCCGCCGCCGCCGCCGCCGCCGCCUCUUCUUCCACGCCACAAAAAAGUACCCCGAAGAGAAGGGGCGGCAGGGAGCGACACCCCGAGAAGGCCGCCGCCCCGGACUCGAGCAAGGAGGCCGACAGCGGAGCCGUGAGCGGCAACACGCGGGAAGGCCGGAAGAACCAGAAGGAGAACUGCCUUCCCCUCGGGGGCGGAGUCAAGUCCCAGGGCCAGGACCCUCUGGAGGCCCAGCUGGCGCUCAGCACCGAGCUGCUCAAGUCGGACUCCGACAACAACAACAGCGACGACUGCGGCAACAUCCUGCCGUCCGACAUCAUGGAGUUCGUCCUCAACACGCCGUCCAUGUCCAUGCAGGCCCUGGGCCAGCAGUCGGAGCCGUCGCCCUCCGAGCUGCUGCUGGACGACGGCUACGUCGGGGUGGACGGCGACCGGCCCAAAGACAUCCUGUUCCAGGACUUCUCCGAGAGCGGCGGCGGCGGCGGCGCCGCGGCGGAGAGCGCUGUGAACGGCCGCGCCGUCUCCGCGUCGGAGGAGCCGUAUCUUCCUCUGGAGCUGCCGUCCGACCUCUCGGUCCUGACCACGCGCGGCCCCUCCGUCAACGCCGGUCAGAACCACGCCGCCGCCGCCGGCCUCCUCUCGGACGGCUCGGACCGCGCCGCGCUGGGCUUGGCUCCCGACCCGGAGGCGAGCCGCGGCGAAGAGAACGGGGACGGGAAGAGAACGGGGCCCGGCGGGUCGCCGGCGCCGAGUCGGGACGCGCAGGUCACGGAGGGUCACGUGACCCCCGAGCCGUUCAUCCCCGCCGUCGGCCAGGUGGUCGAACCUCCGGGUCACCAGGACGUUCCCAGGAGGUGCGGUACCCCCGGUUUGCCAAACUCGCCCUCCGCGCCUCUUCCGGGCCAGAAGUACAUCGCGGUCGCGGCCGCGGGUCAGACCCAGGUCUCCGGCCCGGCGGUCAUCAAACCCGCCCCCGACAAGCUCAUCGUGGUCAACCAACAGUUCCAGCCGCUCUACGUUCUCCAGACCGUCCCGAACGGCGUCGCCCAGAACAUCGGCGCCGCGGGCGCGAUGGACGUCUCCUCGGCCGUGCUGAGCUCCGUGACGUUGUCCCAGUCCAUAUUCCCCUCCGGCGGCAAAGUCCUGGGCGCCGUGGCGCUCCCCUCCCACAUCCACACCUUCAAAGGCGCCGCGCACGCGGGCUUCCAGACGGGCAUCCCCGGCGCCGCCUCGGGGCUCCUCAUCGGGUUGCCCCGCGACCAGCCGGCCCAGAUCUUGGUCUCGGAGGCCGGCCGGCGGCGCAAGCCGGGCCCCGGCGUCGCCAUCGCGUCCGGUCCCUCCGCCCAGACGGCGCUGGUGUCCGCUCACGGCAAGAAGAGGCCCAUCUCCCGUCUUCAGCCGAGGAAGAGCAGAAAGCCGGCCCGCUCCCGCCGCCAGCCGACUCUGGCGCCGUCGGAGGUGGGCCCGUCCAACGUGACGCUCAUCAACCUGCCGUCCCCCCGGAUCGCCGCUCAACCCGGCGGCGGCGGCGGCCUGGUGGACCUGAGCAGCCUCUCCACGCCUCAGCGCAAGGUCCCGAAUAUUAUCAAGAGACCGAAAUCGGCUCGGGUCAUGUACCUGGACCCCGCCACCCUCCUCCAGCAGAGGAUUCCCGGUACCGGCCGGCCCGGCCUCCUGGGCCACGACUCCUCCGCUCACCUCAUCCCCUGCACGGUCUCCGGUCUCAACCCCAGUCAGUCGGUGCUGAACGUCGUGUCCGUGCCCGCCGGCGGCGCCGCGGGGCCGAUCGGCAACCUCCUGUUCAAAGCGAGUCCGCCGGGCCUCCGGUCGGCCGGCGCGCCGCUGAUCUCCCACCUCGCCUCGUCCGUCCAGACGUCCGUCGCCAGCAGCAUCUGCAUCCUGCCCUCCCAGCAGACCAUCAGCGUGGCGGUCGGCCGGCGCGGAGACACCGACGUGACCGACGUCCACCUGCAGCAUCCGCCGCCUCGGCACAUCAACAGAGCUCCGGGCGCCGACUCCGGUCCCGGCGCCGGCGUUACUUUAGCCAGGAGACGCGUCGUCGGCGCGCUCGCCCAAACGCAGACCGCCUCCCAGAGCAGCAGGACGACGCCCAUCUCCAGGUCUUCAGAACAAAGGCCGCCCAACUCGACCGCUCCGGGAGCAGAGAAGGGGAAACCCAAAUCCAAGAGGAGCCGGCAGAGUCCAGACGUCACGGCGGUGAAGAAGCUCAAGGCCUCUCAGGCGGAGGAGCAUCAGAGCAACGCGGCAGGGCGGCACCACUCCAAGCCCAGCAGUUCCAAAGAGCUGAGCUCCCCCGAACCCAUGGAUACAGGCAAGCCUGCAGACAAGGCCACCAACAAGAGUGUGCUCUGGAAAAAGAAGACAUCCGAUGGUGCCGUGUUGCCGGGGAAAGACAAACCGUGUGCGGCCGGCGGAGCGGCGUCGCCGCCGGGUCAAGACGGCAACAGCCGGGACGGCGGGCCGGACGGGAAACCCAAGAAGGGCAUCGUCUUUGAGAUCCGCAGCGAGGACGGCUUCCACAUCCGCUGUGAGAGCAUCGAAGAGGCGUGGAAAUCCCUGACGGAUAAGGUGCAGGAAGCUCGCUCCAACGCGCGACUCAAAGAGCUCUCGUUUGAAGGCGUGAACGGGUUGAGGAUGCUGGGCGUCGUCCACGAGGCCGUGGUCUUCCUGCUGGAGCAGCUGUACGGCUCCAGACACUGUCGCAGUUACCGCUUCCGCUUCCACAAGCCGGAGGAAACCGACGAGCCUCCCGUCAACCCCCACGGCUCGGCCCGCGCAGAGAUCCACCCCAGGAGGUCUGUGUUCGACAUGUUCAACUUCCUGGCCUCAAAACACCGCCAGCCUCCCGAGUUCAGGCCGCAAGAAGACGACGAUGACGAAGGGCAGCUCAGGACUGCCAGGCGUGCCUCCAUGGAGCUGCCGCUGGCUGUGAGGUUCAAACAGCUCACGGUCACCUCCAAGGAAACGGUUGGCGUCUACAGGUCUCCGAUUCACGGCCGAGGGCUGUUCUGCACCAAGACCAUCGACGCGGCGGAGAUGGUCAUCGAAUACUCCGGGAACGUCAUUCGCUCCGUGCUCACCGACAAACGGGAGAAAUAUUACGACGGAAAGGGGAUCGGCUGCUACAUGUUCCGCAUCGACGACUACGAGGUGGUGGACGCCACGGUGCACGGCAACGCCGCCCGCUUCAUCAACCACUCGUGCGAGCCCAACUGCUACUCGCGGAUCGUCACCGUGGACGGCCAGAAGCACAUCGUCAUCUUGGCCUCGCGCCGCAUUUACCGCGGCGAGGAGCUCACCUACGACUACAAGUUCCCCACGGAGGACGCCAGCAACAAGCUGCCCUGCAACUGCGGCGCCAAGAAGUGCCGCAAGUCCCUCAACUGACACCCGAGUCGCUUUUUAAAAGAUGGGCGGAGUCACGGCGUUCUGGAGCUCCUCCCUACACGGCGGGGGGGGGUUUGCCGCGGCGCUGCGUUCAAUGUCCACUUCCUGGGCAUUUUUUGGAGGAGGGGCCACUCGGAGAAAAUUCAAACAUAUUGUGCCUCCUUUUUUGUUGUCUCGUUGACAUUUGGGAAGCUCCGCCUCCAGACGGUGAGUCACGAGUUGAGCCUUCGCAGCAUUGCAAUACGACGAUAACUUUUCAUUUACAUUUGGAUCAUAAAGUUAUCCCGUCAUCAUUUUUUUUUUACAUCGGCCCCGCCCUCCUCCCUUUAUGGUCCACUGAUCUCAACUUUUAGAAGAACGAAGAAAUUCAAGAACUUGGUUCCAUUUUUACACCAAAGUGCAAUUUGUCGAAGGGACUUGGAACAGUAAUUUUAAAUAGAACGACAACAGAAUUUUAAACUUGUUUUUAGUACGUUUUUGUGUUUAUUUUUAUAAACUCAAGCGUCAAUUUAUAAGUGAUGCAUAUCUCCCUGAUGCCUCCGGAGCCUGUUGUGAUUUACGGAACCCCCCCCCCCCCCACCACCACCACCCCCUUGUGCACAUUUAACACUGUAAAUAGAAGCGGCUUGUGAAGAGCCGUGCAGGUGGAACCACUAGGGGGCGCUGUGGCCACAGGAAGGAAGAGAGGGAAAAGAGACACACAGGGGGUAGAAAUGUAAAUUUGUCUAAAAAGCAAAAGGUUAUUUUUGUCCGUUGGUGUAAAAAAAAAAAAAGGUGACGUCCGAGGUCGACGCCAUCCGCUGGACGUAAAUUGACUUUUAAGUCGGCUUGGUAGCCGUGACGACGUGUUAUUAUGGGAUGAGAGCGAGGCAGCUAGAGAUUCUGGUGGACUGACGGCCGAGGGACCGGAGAGCCCCGCGGAUGUGCUUUAGGAGACGUAUUUAUAAUCGGUGUGUUGGAGCUGCGGUCCGGAGCCAGCUGUUGAUCGUGCAUGUUGUCGUUGUCAACAUUUAUUUUGGUAAUUCUAUAACCUCGUUCCAAAUGACAGCAGCAGAGAGAACCAAACGUCACGCCCUCGAAUCGAAUUAUCACGCGGCUCGUUUUCUUCUCGGCCUGUCGUGAUAACCGUUACUUUGGAGCAAAAAAAAUGUUUAUUUUAUUUGUAUUGAGUCUUUUUUUUCUUUUCUUUUUUUUCUUUUCUCGUCUGUUCUAUCUUUUUUUUAUUUUAUUACGGACAGGUAAAUAUCAUGCUUGCUUUUCAAAAAAACAAAACAAAUGUAAAUAAUGUAUAUUUUUCUACACAAAAAAAAGACUUACAAAGCACUCACUAGUGAAUAGCACUUAAUGAUGGUAUUUAUAUUUUUAAAGAAUUGUAUUUAUUUUAUUGCCAUUUUUGUAGGAAAUAGAGGUUUACAAACACUAACGCUUGGUCUCUAUGUUUUGUAUUCCGCUGCCUUUUCAAAGUUGUUGUUUUUUUCUCUUCCGUUUUUUUAUUUUUUUAUUAAUUUGUAGCCUGAAUGUUUUCUUUGAUUCCAAAGACUGACGCCGGUCUGUGGCUCGGUCCGAUGAGUUCAGUCCGCCAGUUGCCCUUUUAUCUAUUUAGCCGUUAUUUUCUAUCGUUCCGGUUCGAGGCGGCGGCAUCGGCAGUCGCAAACUAUUAUUAUGCACUUGAGAGAGUUACGAUUGUUCGUCGCCGAGCAGAUUAUCUUCUCUCUCCAGCCUUAUCGUCUCCACGCCACAUCACACGCCGAGAACACGGGCCACUUACCGGCCGCUGCCACCAGGGGGCGGUCUUUAUCAAAACUAAUCAAGCUCCUUCAAACGGUUUCUCCCUCUGCAGACUCGAAACAAAAGAGGUGCCUUUUUAUUUUUUAUUUUAACGCUACCAACAAGCGUUCAUCGUCACUUUCCUUUUUUUUUUUUAUUCUCUCGCUCGCUCCUCCUUGUGUUUUUUUUUGCCUUCGUCGUAACUGAGCACGCCUCUUCUUCCUCUCUCUCUCGCCGCCGUGUCCCCGGAUGGAAUAUUUGACGGCCGGUUUCUCUACAGCGACGAAAAGUCAAAAAACGUUGUGUCCCCUUUUUUUUUCUUUUUCUCUCUUUAAGUUAUUGUCGCCGACUUCGUUAUCACCUGAAGGCCGGCGGCGGCGGCGACUCCCCGCACCGCCGGGAAGACGUAUGACCCACACGUGAUUUGCACUUUAGCCGUGACACACAGGCACUGAACACAAGACAUAGGAACAGAAAACGGCGGAAAAACCACGAGCGCAGAGGAAGUCCCUGAGAAAUACGUUUGAGUUUGUGCAUCAGGCCCUCGACAAAACAACCGAGUCCUCUCGGGGUCGUGACGACUCCUAAGAAGAGGCGUUCGAGGCUCCCGCCGAGGCGUUUGAGGCUCACAUCGUAACGUUUGAGGCUCUCAUCGUAACGUUCGAGGCUCACAUCGUAACGUUUGAGGCUCUCAUCGUAACGUUUGAGGCUCUCAUCGUAACGUUUGAGGCUCUCAUCGUAACGUUUGAGGCUCACAUCGUAACGUUCGAGGCUCUCAUCGUAACGUUCGAGGCUCUCAUCGUAACGUUUGAGGCUCACAUCGUAACGUUCGAGGCUCUCAUCGUAACGUUUGAGGCUCUCAUCGUAACGUUUGAGGCUCACAUCGUAACGUUCGAGGCUCUCAUCGUAACGUUCGAGGCUCACAUCGUAACGUUCGAGGCUCUCAUCGUAACGUUCGAGGCUCUCAUCGUAACGUUCGAGGCUCUCAUCGUAACGUUCGAGGCUCUCAUCGUAACGUUUGAGGCUCACAUCGUAACGUUUGAGACUCUCAUCGUAACGUUUGAGGCUCUCAUCGUAACGUUUGAGGCUCUCAUCGUAACGUUUGAGGCUCUCAUCGUAACGUUUGAGGCUCUCAUCGUAACGUUUGAGGCUCACAUCGUUACGUUUGAGUCUCCCGCCGAGACAUUUCAUCCUCUCUCCGAGGCGUUUGAGGCUCCCGCCGAGUGCACUUGACUCUUUUUUUGUCUUUCUCCUGCGACAAAGUGAAGGCCAGCAGCCCUCUCCUUCCUGAGGGUGCAGCGUGUCCACCCCCCCCCCAUGCUGUGGUCUUCUGGCCUCGCGGUGGUUCGCCUGCGUCGGGCUCGCUGAGUUCAGCUGCUAAACGGUCAACAAUGAAUGUAUAUUUCCGAGACGCCAACGAUAACGCAGACGUGGCCUCAAACCGGGAACAACACCGAGGUGCGAACAGCAGGCGGCGUUUUCUUUCUGCGGGACGACGCGUUCUCACCGGGUCGGCUCUCCGCCUCCCGUCGUCUCGCCUCUCGAGAUCCACUCGGGCGAACAACAGAAUCAUCUAUUCCACCGCCGAGCGGCGCACAAACACAAGAAGGAAAUGGUCUCCGUUGUUUCUUUGGACUUUUUUUCUUUUUCUUCUCACCACGCCACACCAGUGGCCCUCCUACCGUCAUUAUCUGUAACUAUAGUAUAAAUACAUAACAAUAUUAUACGGGAAAACACGCAUAGCAGUUUCUCGUACUUUAGUACCUAUACAAUAUAUGGAAUGGACAGACAAACUUAGUUACAGUAGCAAAACAGCAACAUUUAUGAACCGCUAAUAGCGACGUCUCCGUGUACUCUAUAAUGGUUUUGUGUUACAGUGUCAGAUGAAAUAACGUGCAUCAUUCUUUUUGUAUAUUAAUAUCCAGUUUGUUGCCGUGCCUGUGACGCUCCGUCAACGAGGACCGCUGCAGUUCUUUCAAAAUUUCUUUCUGGAAAGGAGUGUUUUUGGUUUUGUUUUUAGUUUACGUGAUGAGAACCGUAACCGUAUUAAUGUGGUCGUGAACUUCUUGAGGUCCGACAUCUUUGCCGCCCAACCCCCUCUGGUUGUUGUAGUGAAUGUUUUUUCUGUUUGUUUUUCUUCUUUCUCUGAUUUACUUGAUGUGGUAUAAAUUAAGCGUUUGGUCUGUUGGAGACGGUCCAGGAGUUUCUCACCCAAAAAAAUGGAGGUUUCCUUUUUUUGGGGGGGGGGGGGAUCUUUCAACGUCUCCCCGACGACCUCUCUUCACCUCCCGAAGCUUUUUUGUUAUACUUAUCAUGUACAGUUUUUUUUUUUUAAUAGAAAAUCAUAAUGCUGAGUUGAUGCUGGUGUUGAAAACAUUUUAUUUAUUUAUUUUGUGCAACAUCCACCCCGAAUUGUUCUUUUACGAGUCGAGUUUUUUUUUUGGGGAGACGUCCGACAAGCACGUACAAGACAUGUAUUUGUAAUUUUCAAAACUUGUUUUCUUGUGUAUAGAAGUUAUCAGGAUGGGGAGUGGUGUCAGGAGGGGAGGAGGGAAGGACAUGCAACAAAAAACGAGGGCUCAUGGAUUAUGAACAGGCUCGUUUCUUCUGCCUUGAAUAUACCGUCGUUUUAUCAAUAUUCCUCCUGCUCUCUGUAAUAAUGGUAUUCAUGAGUUUCAAACCGUCAUAUUUUACCCGUUUUAAAACAGUGUUCUUUCCAAUACUCAUCAACAAAAUGAAGGAAAACCACCACAGUGAAAAUAGACCACAAACUACUUGGUUGAAUGUAUAAUUAGGAAACAAAAGUUGUAUAUAAAUGUAAAAAGAAAAGUUUCUAAUCAUGUUUAUUUUCUAUGCACUUUUUUUAUUUAAGUGAUAGUUUAAAUAAUAAACAUGUCUCCUUUACUCUU